CUAAGUGUUUCACGCCUCAGCUGACCGGUGUGACGCACACAACCGAACAGCAGUGGUGGAUGGAGGACACAACUAGACUAGGAACUCAUCUGGAUCGGCCCAUGUCGAAGGCACGGUUCUGGAACAAAGAAUCAAGUGUCGGAGAAGGAGCCCCAUUUUGAUGUUUGGUGUUGGACCGUGGAGGACGAACUGAGGACUUCGAAACAGGAUCGCAUAUCAACAUCAUCCUUGGGUUAACUAGGUUGUGCUGAAGCCAUCUCACUGGCAGCCAAAACAUAGACCAAACAUAAAAGCUGAUUUCAACCUAAGAUCUGUGACAUUUCUUGAAGCAAGGGCAUUUCUCCUGGAUUUUUAUAUUAUCUCAAAGAAAAGAAUAUUUUUCCCUUCGUCUUGGAAGCAAUCCUCGAUCGGACGAAAACUAAAACAGCGAAAUGACGCAUAAAGGCCACGGUGGUAUAAAUCAACUUGGGGGCAUUUUCGCCAACGGUAGGCCACUCCCCAUCCACAUACGUCAUCGAAUCCUUGAGCUGGCUCACCUGGGACUCCGCCCCUGUGACAUCUCCAGACAGCUUCUCGUAUCACAUGGAUGCGUCAGCAAGAUACUUAGCAGGUUUGCGGAAACGGGCUCCAUCCUACCGGGAGCCAUCGGCGGGAGCAAACCCCGUGUGUCCACCCCCGCUGUGGUGAAUCGCAUCGCACAGUACAAGCAGGAGAACUCCUCCAUGUUCGCUUGGGAGAUCCGAGAACGACUGCUCCUGGAUGGGAUCUGCAGUAAGGAGACCCUGCCCAGUGUUAGCUCCAUCAACAGGAUCCUCCGAAACUGCUCUUCCGAACCAGAGGAGAGAACAGACAAUGUGAAUGAUGAUCCAAUGCGACACACCAAAGAUGCUGAUAGUCUGCACAUGCCAGGAAGCCUAUCUCCAACAUCACUCGGACGGUACCACGAAGACAGAAGGUCCACGCCGACGUCACCGUCCGAAGUCUCAACGACGACUACACCUCCACCCCGACGCUCGUCCUUUGCCGUGGACGAUAUUUUAGGUCUUCGAGACUCUCAGCCGAUGAAGAGACCGAGACUGGAGAUCGACAGAGACGAGAAGGGUAGUCCGGAUGAACCAGAUCAAAAGAAAGCCCGCCGAGAAUGGAGAGACGUUGGAGAUGUUGAUGUGAGGAAAAACGUAGAGCGCCCUCCACAUAUUGCCUUACCUCACGCUGAAAAGUGGCUGGACAACAAGGCACUGAGAUUAUUACAGCAACAUUCUCGACCCGAAGCGGCCAAACCAGUCGUCGAAUUGCCGCCCUCACCGACGUUUCUUCCAGCUCGUCAUCAAUCCAUUCCUCCUCAUCUUCCACUGGCGAACACCAACCUCCCGCUGGCACGAUGGGCGUUACCCUUCCUCACCCUCCGAGGGGGGCAACAUUUCCCCCAGCACCAGAGGCCACCCCUUCCUCUUCACCCAUCUAUCAUACCUCAUCACCCCCAUCACCACGGUCACACCCAAUCCACGAUGCAGCUUCCGCACCUAAUGCCACACCAAUCGCUCUUACCUCACCCUGCGAUCCCACAUCCCGCCAUGGUGCAUCCAAGAUUCGUUCUUCCAAUCAGGGAUCGAGAUGAACUCGCUCUUCCUCCUGGAAAAAGAAAUGGUAUCAAACCCACCUUUAUCCGGAAUGACAUAAAGUCCCGCAUUCUACAGUAUUGUAUUCCCGCUGCCGUUCCAAGUAAAAUGAUUACAUCACAAUGAAAAUGCACUAUUUCAUACUGUAAUAUUGAUAAUCAUUAUUUCCAGAUUUCGAUAGCAUUAUGCGUUUGAGUGAUUUAAUUCAUAAUCAUGAUAACGAUGUUUUUUCAUUGCGUAUUGACAAUCGUAUCUUAUAAUGAGAUUCAGGCUAGAACAAUAAUUGUUUUCACUUGUGUACCUACAUGUGUCUUCCUUUUCAUCAGGCCUUAAUUAAUUUAUUUAUUCGAUAUGGCUCUGAUAAUAAUAAUAAUAAUAAAUAAGCCUUAUGCCUUUGCAAUUAUCCCCCUUUUCUUUCGUCAACGAUCGUAUAGCGUGCAACCUACUUCUAUUUAAUCAGGCAUUUCAAUCAACAUGCUAUGCUGCACUUUAUCACUUGUAAAUUCAAAGUAAUCAUGAUCAGCGAUUAAAUAACUUUGAUGUUUUGUUUCAUUAAGCGCCUAUACAGCGCAUGCAUGUAAUAAUGCUCUUCCGAAGAGCUUGAUGAACCAUUACCCUGACUUUUGUGUACAUUUAUAGUAAUAAUCAUUACUGGUACUAAAGUUCUCUAGGUUUUUCUUUAUUUAAUCAACGAUUCUGAUACAUUUUUUUAUUAUCGAUAUGUAAUAAUGGGAGUGGCGUGGUCGGGUGGUUUAAGGCGCUUGACUGGAGAUGCGAAGGUCGAGGGUUCGAAUCCCGACACGGCACUAAUAUCCUCUGGCAAGAUAAUAACCUGUACGUGCUAAUCUCCACCCAGGUGUUAAAUGGGUACCCGGUAGGAUGCGACCGUCAUUGUCGGGUCAAACAGUUUU